UCGACCCUCUCGAUCUCAACCUCUCUCUCGGAAUCGCGCUCCCGCCGGAGCUUGCGGCGGUGGCCGGCCGGCCGGUCGAAGCGGGGACUCCGUCGAUUCCGCCGGCGAGAAUCUUGGGGUCGAGCGCUGCUGGCAGAUCGCUCGUGCAGAUUUCCAGUUUUUUUUUUUGGACGGUGAAUUGGAGGAAGGCGCUGGAUUUUUACGGACGGAGUGGAAAGAGCAUGCCAAGAUGGUGACGAGGAAGGUGGGGAAGUAUCAGGUUGGCCGGACAGUAGGAGAAGGGACUUUUGCAAAGGUCAAAUUUGCGCAGAACACGGAGAAUGGAGAGUGCGUGGCCGUGAAAAUCUUGGCUAAAAGCACCAUUCUUAAGCACAGAAUGGUUGAUCAGAUCAAAAGAGAGAUAUCCAUAAUGAAGAUUGUCAGACAUCCGUAUAUAGUCAGAUUGCAUGAGGUUUUGGCAAGCCCGACAAAAAUAUACAUUAUUCUUGAGUUUGUUUCUGGAGGAGAAUUAUAUGAUAAAAUUGUUAACCAGGGAAGGCUUUCUGAAAAUGAAUCUAGACGGUUUUUUCAGCAGUUAAUAGAUGCAGUUGCCCACUGUCAUAGUAAGGGUGUCUACCACAGGGACCUGAAGCCUGAAAAUCUUCUUCUUGAUAGUCAUGGAAACUUAAAAGUCUCUGACUUUGGAUUGAGUGCAUUGCCCCUUCAGGAGCAGGGAGAUGGACUUCUUCAUACAACUUGUGGAACCCCAAAUUAUCUUGCUCCUGAGGUUCUCGGUCAGCGGGGUUAUGAUGGUGCCGCAGCUGAUAUAUGGUCAUGUGGUGUCAUUCUUUAUGUUUUAAUGGCUGGAUAUCUUCCAUUUGAUGAGACAGAUCUUCCAACACUGUACAAAAAGAUAACUGCUGCAGAGUAUGUAUGUCCGAUUUGGCUUUCUCUGGGGGCAACGUCAUUGAUCAAAAGAUUACUUGAUCCCAAUCCUAGAAAUCGCAUUGGUAUUGAAGGAAUUAGAAAGCAUUCAUGGUUCCGAAAAAAUUAUAUGCCAGCAAGAUGUAAGGAAGAUGAAGAAGUUAAUUUGGAUGAUGUCCGCGCUGUUUUUGAUGACAUUAAGGAGCAAUAUGUAGCUGAGCAGUCAGAAUCCAAAGAUGGUGGCCCUUUGAUAAUGAAUGCAUUUGAGAUGAUCACAUUAUCUCAGGGAUUAAAUCUAUCAUCACUAUUUGACCGGCAGCAGGAUUUCAUAAAGAGACAAACUCGUUUUGUCUCGAAAUCCGCAAAAGUGAUCAUCUCAUCUAUAGAAGCAGUGGCAGGGUCAAUGGGUCUCAAGGUCCAUACACGUAAUUUUAAGACAAGACUUGAAGGAUUGUCUGCAAAUAAAGCCGGCCAGUUUGCAGCUGUCAUUGAGGUUUAUGAAGUGGCACCGUCCCUCUUCCUGGUAGAUGUUAGGAAGGCCGCUGGAGAUACUCUUGAUUAUCAUAAGUUUUACAGGAGUUUCUGUAAAAAACUUGAGCAUAUUAUAUGGAAGCCAACAGAGAGUAAUGCCAAGCAUGGUCUGCUUAGAACGAAGAGUUGCAACUCCUAGUUUGUAUUGAUGUAAAGCAAAUCAAUUAAGCAGGCUCUGUAGUGGUGCAACCAACUUGCAAAUCGAGGCAACAGCGUGCCGGAGCGGUCUUGUGCUGUAUAUAAACUUAAUUUUUGACGAUCUAUAUAGUGACGAAAUCAUUACAUGUGAUGUUUGUUUCUUGACCUGAGAAUCAUCAUCUACAGUCUUAUGGUCGUAGGCCUUGGAAUUCAUAUUUCAGACGAAGCUAUGUAAACGAGCAAUUCAAGACUAUCUCAAGUCGCAAGAUACAUAGAAGCCCUUUUUUUCUACUCAA